UCGGCUCGGUGGGCAGAAGAUGUGGUUGUACGCGGGGCUGCUGUUGGUUUUGUACUUUUUAGUGCGAGUUUACCGCCGAACUUUCCGCCGUUCGCCUCCCGCUCCAAAUCCUUUUGCCGGGGACACCAGGAGACCCCCGGAGCCUCUGGUUACGGAUCAAGAAGCAAGGAAGAGAGUUAUCCACAAAGGCUUUACUGCAAAUAAGGUGCCAGAAAACCUGGAUGCCAUUGUGAUUGGCAGUGGAAUUGGUGGGCUGUCAGCUGCAGCAAUAUUGGCAAAAGCUGGCAAGUGUGUCCUGGUUCUGGAACAGCAUGACCAGGCUGGAGGAUGUUGUCACACGUUUAUUAAAAAAGGUUUCGAGUUUGAUGUUGGAAUUCAUUACGUUGGGGAACUCUAUGAACGAUCCUUUCUGCGAACAUUAGUAGAUCAGAUUACAGAUGGCCAACUGGAAUGGGUGAAAAUGGAUGACUGUUUCGACAACGUAAUCCUGGGAGACCCUCAGACCCGGCGUACCUAUGGACUGUAUGGUGGGAAGCAAAAUUAUCAAGAUUGUUUGAAGAGACAGUUUCCAGAGGAAACAGAAGCUAUUGACAAAUUCCUGGAACUUGUAGAGAUGAUCUCCAGAAAGACACCAUUGUUGAUAAUGAUAAAGAUGAUCCCUCUUCAACUGGCCAGAUUCCUCAUAAAGACUGGCAUCAUCCACUGGAUCUCAUCAAUUUUCAAAGCGGCAUCUACCCCACUUUCAGAAGUGACCAACAAGCUGACAAAAAAUAAGGACCUUCGAGCAGUCAUGAGUUAUGUCUGUGGGGAUUAUGGAGUCAUGCCUAAAGAUGCCAGCUUUAUGAUGCAUGCCUUAAUCAUCCAGCACUACAAGGGUGGUGCAUGGUACCCAAAGGGUGGAGCUAGUGAGAUUGCCUUUCACAUAAUCCCAAUUAUUAAGAAGAGUGGAGGAGAUGUUCUUAUGCGGGCACCAGUACAACGUAUAUUAAUAAAUCAAGAUAGUCAGGCCUAUGGUGUGACUGUGAGGAAGGGUGAGGAAGAAAUAAACCUGUUUGCUCCCAUUGUGAUAUCUGAUGCUGGAAUAAUUAAUACCUAUGAAAAACUGUUACCUCGUGAACUGCAAAGUAAACCAGUGAUCCAAGCUCAGCUGAGUAUGGUGCAACAUGGAAUAGGAGGAUUCAGCGUAUUUGUCGGUCUUAAUGGUUCAAAGGAAGAGUUGGGAUUGAAAGCAUCAAAUUAUUGGUUUUUUCAAGAGAACAACCUUGAUGAGCUGUUCAAUAAGUACUUGACACUCAGCAAAGAAGAUGCCAUUGAAGGGUGUCCUCUAAUGUUUGUCUCCUUUCCAUCAGCUAAGGAUCCAUCCUGGAAUGACAGAUAUGCAGGGAAAUCUAGUAUGGUAAUUGUGACAUUAGCACGCUUUGAGUGGUUUGAAGAAUGGAAGGACCAACGUGUGAAAAAGAGAGGAGAUGACUAUGAAAAUUUAAAAAUGGAUAUUGCCAAAAGAUUGAUAGACCAAGUUACCGAGUAUUUUCCACAACUCAAAGACAAGAUCGAAUACAUUAGGGUUGGGUCUCCUCUUACAAAUCAGUUCUACAUAGCUGCUUCAUGUGGAGAAAUGUAUGGUCUCAAUCAUGAUGUGUCACGUUUUGCACCAGAAGUUAUUGCCUCCUUUAGAGCAAAAACACCAGUCAAGAACCUUUACUUAACAGGUCAGGACAUAUUUUCCUGUGGGUUUAUGGGAGCCAUCAAUGGGGGCGUUAUUUGUGCAUCGGGAGUUCUUCAACGCAAUUUGUACACGGACAUCAUCAACCUGAAGAAGAAAAUUAAAAAAGCGAAAGCCAAGAAGGAAGCUUAACAGUGGACUGUUGAAGUUUUAAUCUUAUUGGUUUUGUGAUUACCGUACAUUGAGAUCCAUUUUCUGUAGAGGCAGAGGCAUUAGGGAGGAGGUGGUGACAUAAUGGUAUUGUCACUGGACUGGUAUUCCAGAGUAUUCGGGUUCAAAUCCCACCAUGGCCUAUGGUGAAAUUUAAAUUCAAUAAAAAUCUGGAAUUGAAGGUUUA